CUCAACUCAAUAUUUCCCCCAAUUUUGGCACCAUGGCUGCUGCUAGGACGCUUCGCAUAGGUCUCAUCCCCGGUGACGGUAUCGGACGGGAGGUCAUUCCGGCCGGUAGAAAAGUGCUGGAAUCUCUCCCAGCAUCUCUCAAAUUGAACUUCAGCUUCGUUAACCUGGAUGCCGGCUUUGACACCUUCAAGCAGACCGGGACGGCUCUGCCCGACAAGACUGUGGAGACCUUGGAGAAGGAAUGCGAUGGUGCUUUGUUCGGAGCUGUCAGCUCCCCCAGCACUAAGGUCGCCGGCUACUCGUCGCCCAUCGUCGCUCUCCGGAAGAAGUUGGACCUCUAUGCCAACGUCCGGCCAGUCAAGACUACCAUCGGCGGUGGCCGUAACCCUGUGGACCUGGUCAUUGUUCGUGAGAAUACUGAAGAUCUCUAUGUGAAAGAAGAGCAGACCAAGGACACUCCGAAUGGCAAGGUUGCCGAGGCUAUUAAGCGGAUCUCCGAGAAUGCCUCGUCCCGGAUCUCCACCAUUGCAGGGGAAAUUGCCCUGCGCCGGCAGAAGAUCCGCGAUGCGGCUCCCGCUGCCACUCUGCGCACCAAGCCCAUGGUGACUAUCACCCACAAGUCCAACGUGCUGUCGCAAACCGAUGGCCUCUUCCGUGAGACUGCCCGCAAGGCUCUUGCCGCUGAGCGCUUCUCAUCCGUCGAGGUGGAGGAGCAGAUUGUCGACUCUAUGGUGUACAAGCUCUUCCGUCAACCCGAGUACUACGACGUCAUUGUUGCCCCUAACCUUUACGGUGAUAUUCUGUCCGACGGUGCGGCCGCCCUGGUCGGCAGCUUGGGUCUCGUACCCAGCGCUAACGUCGGUGACCGUUUCGCCAUUGGUGAGCCCUGUCACGGCAGUGCGCCCGACAUUGAGGGUCAGGGCAUUGCCAACCCCAUUGCCACCUUGCGUAGCGUAGCCCUCAUGCUGGAGUUCUUGGGUGAGGAGGGUGCCGCCGCCAAGAUAUACACUGCCGUCGAUGCCAACCUGGAUGAAGGCAAGUACCUCUCCCCUGACAUGGGUGGUAAGGCCACGACACAGGAGGUCCUGGAUGACGUGCUGAAGAGGCUGUAAGUGGUUGUUCCUUAAUGACGUUUCUCUAAGCAAACAACAUGUGUAUAUGUAUCAGGUAUAGAAGAAAAAUACAAGAUAUAUGAUUACGGAGUCUCA